UAAAAACAUGCUUCCUCAUCUACAACUAAUUCUUCUCCUUCUAGCCUUCAUCUCCCACGAACCUGAAGCCAUAGCACAAUAUGUAGUACCUUUCACUUCCCAAGCUGCACCAGUUACAAAACAUGCUGAUGUAGCUACGCCACUCUAUAGCAUUCAGAUGAAGAUGGCCGUAUGGGUAUACAUACCAGACAUAUAUAAAAACUUCAUUAUUGACAUAGACGCUCCUUUCACAUGGCAUGACUGCAUUGUGGACUGGAAUAGUUGGAUUGAUGAAAGCAGCAAUUGCCUUGGUUGCGCUCACCCGGUUUCUUGUGAAGAGUAUGCAUGCACGGAUGUUCGCACAUCUUAUUCUUAUGAAAGUCCUUCAUGUCUUACAGUAACCAACACUUCGACAUUACCUGGUUUGGGAGAAUGCGUAUGCCCUGUCAAAGUGUUGAACCCUGUUAACGGAACAUGUGGUCAAGCUCUGCUCAAUUAUGACAGGUUCACGUUUAGGGGAAGUGACGGUAGAAACACUUUUCGGUAUUUCUAUGUCACCGACUCUAACGCGGCAUGUGCUCCAUCUUCUAUGUUUGAGUCAUUCCCUGCGCAUGUUAGUGGUGUCAUGGCGUUUUCCUCGUCUCCUUAUGCAUUUCCUGCUUAUUUAUUUCAACCUUUUAAGAAAGCUUUAGCUCUAUGUUUGCCUAGCUCCUCGUCUGCUCACGGGGUUAUGUUCUUUGGGAGUGGACCGUAUUAUCUUCUUCCCAACUCAGAUGUAGAUCUAAGAAGUUUCCUGUCUUAUACUCCGUUACUAAAUCAUACUGAUUCUUUUGGUUAUUUUAUUGGUGUCAAAUCGAUAAUCAUUAAGGGAAUGUCCAUUGUUGUUUCAAAAAGCACCACCAAGCUUAGUACGAUUGAGUCUUACACCAUUCUUAGAGCAAAUAUUUAUAAGGAAGUGGUUCGUAUGUUUUCAAUCGCUACAUUGGGAAUCCUCCGUGCUAGGUCAGUGGCACCCUUUGCUUUUUGUUUAAAGAAUCGUAUUGGACAUUCCCUUGCCAGUUUGCAGAUUCCGGAUAUCAUUUUGAAACUCCAAGGUGGGAAGAAAUGGAUAAUAUCCUCAAGUAAUUCCAUGCAACAAGUAGGAAAAGAUGUGGCUUGUCUUGCAAUUAUUAAUGGUGGUGCGACAAGUGAACAUGGGAUUGUGAUCGGGACGUUUCAAAUGGAAAAUAACUUUCUGCUCUUUGAUCUAGUCAACUCAAGUUUAGGGUUCAGUUCUUCUUUAUUAAGCAAAAAGACUUCUUGUGCAAACUUCAACUUUACCACACUUAGCCUUUGAUGUUACUUCAAAAGCUUAGCCUUUGAUGUUACUUCAAAAGCUUUGCGCUGCAUGGACAACUUCCUCUUGCUGGUAGAAUUUAAGGUAGCAAAAGAUUUAGGCAACUCCACACUAUAGGCUUUAUCAUUAAUUUUCGACAAAAAUUUUGUAUGGACCAUACUUUUGUUGACAGGCUUAUUGUAUGUGCCUAAUGGAAAUUUCUUCUUGCGAAUGUAGACCACCACUUCAUCUCUUACCACAAAUACCUUUGGAUGCCUAUGUUCUUAAAUUGUUGCCUUGUAUUAGCAUUAAUUGGAUUGUGCAAUCUUCUACCUUACCUCGUCGUGGGUUUUCUACAUAUCUUUAAUAUUUUUAUUGGCUUUUUUGUUGUAUACUGCAACAAACUGUGAGGUUUCAAUGGAGUUGUGUAUACCA